GAGAAUGAACAGGAUAUACACAAUUGGGAAUGGUUCUUUUUCUGGCUUAGGCAAGCUUAAAUCACUGAAUCUGUCCAUUAAUAAUCUCCAUAUUUGGAAGGAAUCCAACUUGUCACGUGACAUGCCCGAAUUGGAGAUCGUUGAUAUCAGUGGCGCCAUUUUUUGGAUUCCUACAAGAAUGCUACUGAGCGUUCCCACCCUCAAGGAAAUCAUCGGUGUCACGUGGUGCAAAUUCUGCAAGAAUUGCWCUUUGGUAAAUCCGAGGAACUUGGUCAACGGCACCGCACGAAAAGAAGCUGCUAACAAGUGCCUAAAUAGAUUCACCGGGUAUAAUUACUUAAAAAUUGGUAAAAAAGRUCCAAAGAGAUUUGUAUCGCACGGUUUCGUGCCAGAAUGCAUGUGUGUUAAGGAGACGGAGUGUGAGUUCAGGCAAUUAGUAAUGCCAUACUUUAACGCUCAAAGUACAUUGCCCCAAUAUUUGUUCUAUCUAGAGUACGUUAUCAGCCCUUUGACUAUUUUAGCCAAUUUGUUUGUCCUUGUGCUGAUCAUUACAAGGAAAAGCCUCCGAAACACUGCUGCAUUCUGUCUCAUCCUAAACAUUGCAAUUAUUGACAUUUGUGUAGGUAUUUAUUCCAUAUCGGUUGCAGAUACAAAUAUCAAACACAUCAGUCAGAUCUUAGAGGAGCUGAUGUGGACAGGGCAAAAACUAAGGCCUARUACAGGACCGAUAUUYAUCGCGGGUCAGUUAAUAUCAGUCCUUAUAACUUCUAUACUUACCAUUGAGCGCUAUAUGGCCGUCAUAUACUGUACUACUACUAAUAUCAARCUUACCAUGAAAUCCACGCUGAUAUUGCUCGCAUUUGCUUGGCUCGCUGCCGGUAUUUUUGCCAUUUUACCAUUAUUUGGCGUUGCCGGUCUGCGGUAUAACAUAAAGCGCGCAUGCGCACCUCUAAGUUAUGACGUAGAAUAUCAGUCCCAGUCCUCUUUUGUUCUCAUUGCAAUGCUCGUUUUAAUUGUGUUCUUGUAUUUCACCAACAUYCCAAUGUACUACAAGAUAUUCCACUUUGUKAAAAAGAAUACYGGGAACACAAAAGGUGUCAAAAAGGAAGUUUCUCUUGCGCGCAAAAUCGCUUCGUUGAUUUUCACAAAAUUUGUCUUUUUCACCAUCCCUAUACUACUUAUUCUUGUUGUAUCGAUUUUUUCUGAAUACAGCAAUAAUCCCUUUGACUUUCACGGCGAUGCCUUUCAGUCGACAAUGUUUAAGAUUAUCAUUGGUCAGUGGUUUCCUGUUACGUGUCUUAAUAUCAACGCUCUUCUCGAUCCGUUUUUGUACGCCUUUCGACAUUCUUUGUUUAAGAGAGAAUAUCGAUAUCUCGUGCGUCGGUACACUGGGAAGGUAACGCCACAGAGUGAUGAUUCACGCAAUGAUAAAACAAUGAGCGUCAUUCAUACCAAUUAAUCGAUAUAACUUACUUAUGUACCAUAAUUCCGCCUUAGAUAAAUAGAUCAAAUUUGAAGAUACUGCGAAUGAUCUAAUCUCAAGCAUGCAUUAGAAUGCAAGCACUAAAACCAUUAAAAACGUACGUUAGCAAAGAAAGAAUUCACUUUCCAGCACUGCGGCUGCCCAGAGCUCAUCAGAUCAUACUAGAUCAGUUUCUAGCAUAGAAUACAGUAUCGAAAUCCAUAACUCGUGUUCGCUCUGCAACAGAAAUAAUAUAUAUCAUAUACAGUUUGCAAUCUCCGCUUUUGCUUGAACAUAUAACGAACUCACCAAAAGUACUAUAUUAUAAAAACAAUGCUUUAACACAGUGCCUGUGAUCAACGUUAAAAGGACUCACUGUGUAAUACUAUACUGCAGUACUGUCGUGCCUUCGAUAGAAUGCAAUAUGCAYGGUCUUGGACAUGCGUGAAACCUAUUAGCAACAAUGCAUUUCGAUCGUGCAMCAYUGAUAUGAGGUAUUCAGUAUAUCAACCUUUUCUUUAAAUUGCUGUAUAUACUGUAUUUACCAUGACUUAUUAACAUCUUAUAAGUAUUGAUAUUUACCAUUUACUCAUUGAGAUAUAAACCCUAAGUCUUGUAAUUAUGUAUAGCAGCCUAGUAUAUACGARAUAUAUGGGAUCAGAGACCAGUGCUAUUUUAUCUGGGGCUCAGCUAUUACAUUUUCGCCAUUUUCAUGGGCUCAACUCGGAUCAGAGUUUUAGCUCUGGAGUAGUCGGUAUUAAAGUGGCUUAGUGAACUUAGUAAUUUAGAAUCAUAAAGUUAUUCAGGGGAUUGACAAGAUCAGUGAUCAAAACUGCCAUCAUUUGGGGGAUCAAGGAUCAGGCUAUUAGUGUUGGGAUCGGGAAUCAAAAAGAGAAAUAUAUAUCUCAUUACUGACCUUGAUAUAUGGUUAAGCACAAGAAUUACAACGUAUACCCGUAUAUGUAUUUUAAUCGAUAUUUAUAUAGAUGCACAUGUACAGUGUACACAUAUAUCAAAAAACAAUUAAUAUAUACAAACUUCAAAUGAAAUCGUUCUGCAUAUAUUGUAUACUGCAUAUAUAAGUAAAGCCUGCCCCUCAACCCUCAAAAACGGGGAUUAUAUAUGACACUAAAAUAAUAAAAUAUGCUUACA